UCCUCCAUAUUUCAAAAAAGGAAAGGACAAAAAGAUUAUACAAAAAACAAAAAAAUUAAUGAAGUACCAAAAGUUAUUACAAAGUUUGGCCAAAUUUAUGGAGAAAUUCACUCAACUAUUUGCUUCAAUUUCAUUAUUUUCAUUCCUAUUUUCCUACUACUCAUCUUACUUCUCAUCCUUUUUUAUCUAUUAUUCAAUGAACUUUUCAUUUUCUACAUUUCCUUUCCAACUUCUAAACCAUGCUAUGGACAAAAAUUAUGUAUUUCUAAUAUGCAAUGGUAUAUUCUUGGUCCUCCUCGCUAAUACUUAUAGCGAGGAGGAGAAGAAAGACGAAGAUGGAUUCUUGAACGAAUUUCAAGAAUCCGAAUUAUCACUAUGCAUUGGUACUCGAGCCUCGUGUCUAGAAGCAUCAAAAGAAGAAGUACAUGCACAACAACGCGAAGAUAAAAUGAUCAUACAACUCAGUAAGUCUCGUGAUGUACCAAUAGACGUUGAAAACUCAAUUAUGACAAUUGUGCAAUAUAGUAAGCAAGAUGAGGCAACGUUAGAAGGGGAAGAAUGUUCUAGAACCUACGAGAUCAUAGAGGUAGAUAAUUAUGAAGAAAAUGAUUUUUUAAGUGAAGAAGAAAAUGAUGAUGAGCCAUUGAAUAAGUUGAGUAAUGAGGAAUUGAAUAAAAAAUUUGAAGAAUUCAUAACAAAAAUGAAGGAAGAAAUAAGAAUUGAAGCUCGUCAACAAUUAGUUCUCGUUAAAUAAUUAAUCAAAAUGUCGAGUUGUGUGGAAACCGUCAUUAUUACUUGUAUUAGAAUAGACUGUCUACAUCACACUUUCUGAAAUAUUACAAAUUUUUCAUAUUCUACACUGUUAACGCGAGAUAUUUUAUGCAACGAGAUGUAAAGUAAUUAAUCAAAAUAUUCAUCUUCGUUAA